UAAAACACAUUGCGGUUAUUGAUUAGCUGCAUCUUUAACUUGUUUAUCCUUUCUUUUUAACCUUUCCACCGUUUCAAUUGUGUCCAUUGAGUUCAGCUAGAUGUCGAAGAGUCGGAGAAAGGAGAGCAGAGCAAGGGAGAGGAGAGACCCAGAGUCCCAGUGUUAUCCGGCAGACAUAAGGAUGAUCCGUGUGUAGGAGGUGAUCAGUGUAUCCUGCUUUAUUUUGGUUUUCUGUCAGUCCCCCAUUGUCUUUAUGUUUCUCAUUUCCACACUGAUUUGAUUUAUGGUAACGUCGCAGGUGUAUUCAAUAAUCUGGCUGCAAAUAGAUUGCUUGUACGUCAUGCUGUGUAUCAGCUAAAUGAAACAGCUUACUGAUAGUUAACUGUUUUUUUCUCUGGGUGCACACUGCAACCUUUCCAAUGUAACAAAAGGUGAAGUGAUAGGGGAACAUUUACACUUGUGAGCAAAGAAAAGUUAUUUGGGAAUCACUAUAUUUCUCUUAUUCCACUAGCCUUCCUCUCAUCCCUUACAUUAGUAGAGUAUUUUAGGAAACAUGCAGGAAAAAAACCUUUAGGGAGUUUGGGAGGAGUCAAUGUGGGUGUCUUUUUAAGCUUGGUCGGUGGGUGGAAGCUCCAGGCAUACGGGGCAAAGGAGUUGUGUGACAAGCUUUAUUGGAAUAAAAGGCAAGAGAGAGAGUUAGUGAGGAGAGGGGGGAGCAGCUCUCGUCUCCACUCCCCCUCCCAGCAAAUGAGAGAGCAAGUCUAAAUCAUGUUGAGUAUCAGAUCUGCUGUGCUGUGAUGUUGCUCAGGCAGAGCACGGCGCAGAGCAGGCAGCCGUGCAGACCAGCACUCAGACCCAGGACCACAGAGCUGGAGACCCUCUCCUCGCAGCGCCCCUCGCCUCCACUGCGUGCCCCCCUCAGUGACAUGUACCCAGAAGACAGCCGAGGGUCCGGAGGAGGGGUGGCCACCGUGGACUUCCUGGAAGGGACCUAUGACUAUGCUGCUCCCACUCCGGCCCCGACUCCUCUUUACGGCCACUCCACCUCCGGGUACUACUCUGCUUCUCUGGACGCCCAUGGACAACCCUCAGACAGCAGCAUUCAAUCCCUGGGCAGUGGGCCUGCUAGUCCUAUGGUGUUUGUGCCUUCCAGCCCUCGUCUCAGCCCCUUCAUGCACCCACCCAGCAACCACUAUCUGGAAACCUCCUCCACACCCGUCUACAGGUCCAGUGUCACAUCCAGUCAGCACAGAGUAUCCAGAGAGGAUCAGUGUGCUAUCAGUGAUGAGCUUUACAGUGUGGGGGAGUCGGGUGCCGGUGCCGCAGCUGCAGCAGGGUGCUUCGAGAUGGCAAAAGAGAUGCGUUUCUGUGCAGUGUGUAGUGACUACGCCUCAGGGUACCACUAUGGGGUGUGGUCCUGUGAGGGUUGCAAGGCCUUCUUCAAGAGGAGUAUCCAGGGUCACAAUGACUACGUGUGCCCAGCAACCAAUCAGUGUACUAUUGACAGGAAUCGGAGGAAGAGCUGCCAGGCUUGUCGCCUCAGGAAGUGUUACGAAGUGGGCAUGAUGAAAGGAGGUGUACGUAAGGAUAGGGGGCGUGUUUUGCGGCGUGACAAAAGGCAGACAGGCGCUAGUGACAAGGACAAGGGUUCUAACAACAGAGAACAGAAAAAAAAAACCUCUCAGGACAGAAGGAAACACAGCAACAGCUCUGGAGGAGGAAGAGCUCCAGUGAUUAGCCUUCCCCCAGACCAGGUGCUCCUGCUACUCCAGGGCGCUGAGCCCCCCAUCUUGUGUUCCCGUGAGAAGCUGAGCCGACCCUAUACUGAAGUCACCAUGAUGACACUGCUCACCAGCAUGGCUGACAAGGAGCUCGUCCACAUGAUCGCCUGGGCAAAGAAGCUUCCAGGUUUCUUACAGCUGACCCUCCAUGACCAGGUGCAGCUGCUGGAGAGCUCUUGGUUGGAGAUUCUGAUGAUCGGUCUCAUCUGGAGGUCCAUCCACUGUCCUGGAAAACUCAUCUUUGCUCAGGACCUCAUACUGGACCGGAGUGAAGGUGACUGUGUUGAGGGUAUGGCAGAGAUCUUUGACAUGCUGCUGGCCACUGCUUCACGCUUUCGUGUGCUUAAACUCAAACCUGAGGAGUUUGUGUGCCUAAAAGCGAUUAUCCUGCUCAACUCUGGUGCCUUUUCUUUCUGCACCGGCACGAUGGAGCCACUUCACGACAGCGCAGCCGUGCAGAACAUGCUCGACAUCAUCACGGACGCUCUCAUACAUCACAUCAGCCAAUCAGGUUGCACGGCCCAACAACAGUCAAGGCGACAAGCCCAGCUGUUCCUCCUGCUUUCCCACAUCAGACAUAUGAGCAACAAAGGCAUGGAGCACCUCUACAGCAUGAAGUGCAAAAACAAAGUUCCUCUGUACGACCUGCUCCUCGAGAUGCUCGAUGCUCACCGCCUCCACCGCCCUGACAGAGCUGCUGAGUCCUGCUCCCAGGCCGAUGGAGAGCCAGAAUUCACCAACAACAGCAGCAGUGGCUGCCCUUCAUCUGGUGGGUCUAGAGUCGGUCAUGACAGCUCCACCAAAGCUCCCACGGGCCCGGGGGUCCUGCAGUAUGGAGGGUCCCGCUCUGACUCGGCACACAUCUCAUGAGAUGGAGCAGCAUCUGAAGGGCUGAGGUGAUUUUUAUGGAUGAUGUGGGGGUUACAGGAUGAUAUGAAUUAAUUUCAUGAGAGAAUUAUUUAUGAAUUAGAGGGAUGUUUUUUUUCCUUUGCACUAGUCAUGAGGAUGUGAGCUUUAACACAGUUCAACUUGUAACAGUUUCACAGUACAGAUAUUCUUCAGAUGUUCAGUCAUAUUGUGCCACUGAAGCAGCUAAUUAUGACUUUUUAAUGCAUCAAUCAAAGUGCACUUCCUCUUCAGUUAAAGGAGCUAUUGGGUGGUAUUUUACUUUUUCAGGAUGGUUACAUCCUAAAUUGGACAGAAGUGAUUGAAAUGGAGUUUAUUUUUUGUUUUGUUCCCCAUAUUCAUCAUGCACACACAGUUGGGGUCAACUAGAUUUGUCUGUGAAAGUUUUACCAGUUAAAAGUUAAAUCUUUCUUAUGACAUGAUGAAGAAAACUUCAUGCUCUCUAAAGCUUUCUAUGUACAGUAGGUCUGAUUGAUUUUUAGACUUACUUGCACCAAAGUUUUGUGUAAAUUUUCUGUGUUUGAUAGAAAUGAAGGCCAUGUGCUCUAAGUGGCUGAGAGCUCAAUCACGAUUCAUCACUCUUCAGGGGGAGUUUGUGUGGAUUUACUCCCCUCUAAAAAAAUGCAAUCAGCAUGAAGGAUGUGCACCUCUGUGAUUGUUUUAAUUUCAAUAUAAUUUGACCAAAUCGAACUCAUUUAAAAAGAUUUCUACAGUAGAAAUGAUCAGGAGAGGGCUCAUUACAUGCCAUUUACUGCAGAGCAGUAGUGUUUAAAGGUUAUGUAAUGAAAGGAAAUAACCACUUUUGGGUAACAUCCCUGCAAUCUCUCUACUUUCUUUGUAAUUUUUUUUCAUGACUUCAGUGCCUGCUGAUAAUUACAAGGCUGCCUCACAUUGAGCCAUGACUAAAAUACGCUUUCCCCCUGUUUGAGAGGCUGCAAUUUAGGGUGUGAACAUUUUCAUAUCUACAUUUAUUUGUUUGAUAAAUGUAAGUCAAAGUUUAUCACGACAAAAUAUAAUGGAGAAUUUUCCACAUUUUAACGCCAGUCACAUUUAUGGAACACAGCUCUCUGUGAUAAGCGGGGCAGCUAAUUAAUGCAGUUUGUUCCUUUUUUGAUGAUAUAUGUGUUAUAUUACUGGCUGCUGUUCCAUGUGGGCUUUUGAGUUUCAUGAAGAGACAUCUGUAGAGCACUAAUGAGAAGUUAAACUCAUUUAUGCAGCCUUAAGUUGUCGAACCUUAUCUCUGUUGUGUGCGUAAAGCCUCCAUACAUGAAAAACUGGACGUUUCUGUGUUAUUCCUCUCAAAUUUGAGCUGACCGUCGCUUGUUCAC